CAACAAGGCUACCAGUUUUAUUUGUGCUUUUAAAAUUACAUAGCAUUCUGUUACAAUAUUGAGCCAUAGAGAAGCAACAACUAAUUUCAGGAAUAAAAGAAAAAAUUCAAGAUGAGAUAUUGUCUAGCCGUCUUGCUAGUUUUGGUAGCUAUAUCUAAUGCCAAAUCCAUUCACGAAGACAAAACAAAAAGAAGCGCACAAGAAUGUUCUGAUGGUUGUGCGGGAGGUUGUGCACCUGCCUGCUUGCCAUCCUGUUGUGGUCAACCUCCUGCUCCUCCACCACCUCCACCUCCACCUCCACCACCACCUCCACCGCCACCAGAGGCGUGCCCUCCAAUGUGUCCAAUUUCUUGCGUAGGUACCUGUCCACAAGCCUGCUGUCAAUCGGAGAAGAAGUAAUCUGUGUGCCACAAAUACUACACUAUAUUCACACACAACGAAAAUACAUUUAUUUUAUAUAAACGUUUUCUUUACUAGCUUACUUUAAAGUGCUUUUGAUAUUUAAGAAUAAAAUAAAACCUGUCCUCAUAUCUAUAAAGCCCUAUAUGUCGGUGCAAAUAAUAAUCAUAAGUUGGAACUCUCUAUCGUCGGCUAUUAUGCCGAGUCUUGAACAAAAAAUGAAUUACAUUUUUCAUAAUUA